AAAAAAAAAAAAGAAAAAAAAGAAAGGAAAAAUCGUACUUCAACACACCACCAAGUUUUUGUACUUCAAGAAACCAACAAAUUUUAAUGGGGUUUUAACUUUAAAAAAAAGUUGGAUUCCAGUCUGUAACAGAACUGAUUUUGUUGGUUGCUGAUGUUUUAGUAUGUAUGAGCAACAGUAUUGCAUUAUAUUUACCUGGAUAUUGCGUGAUCUUCUCAUUUAUUCCUCAGCAUUGGCAGAAACCUAAAGGGGGAGAUUCUUGUUGUCUACCAUUUUGGUGGUUGAUUCAACUGUUUCCAAGAUGCUGUUUUCCGUUGCAGGUCUUUCAAACUAAACCUUUUUAAAUUAGGUAUUGCACAUGUUGACAGAUCUCUGAUUUGUUAAUGGGGAAACUUGUAGCUUUGAGCAUUUUGGGCUUUUCUACAGUUAUAAAUGUGUUUGUCCAGAAACAAAACCAUUAAAGAAACAGAGUAAAAUUAAUGGUAAAAGGAGGGAUUUGAGAAUAAUUUAGUGUGAAGAGUCUGUUGUUUAUGUCUCCUUUGUUGACUGGGUGCCCCCGGAGUCCGUGGGCUUUGCCACUGACCAAGGAAACAACCUCUUCUUUGGUUCUCUUCCCACUUAAGUUUCUUUAAGCUAAAAAUUUGCAUAACCCAAUAUCUCCAUUUUCUAUCUCCCACUGGAAAUCCCUCCUGCCUGUCUAGAUUCGGUCAUACGAAGCAUGUGUCCACCUCUUUGAGAUUCCCUUGCCUUGGCCUUGAAGUUCAUAAAAUUAGCCAUAUCAAGACAUUUGGUCCCCACUCCUCGAACUUCUUAGCUUGCCAUUUCUGGGACUCCUCCUCGAAUUAGGUUUUGUCUGAUCAUUGGGGAUGUCCCCAAAUUGAUCUGGUGUAAUACGUUUACCGUGAUUAGUUGAGUGGUUUGGAAGUUUGGUUUUGAAGUAUCUGGUGAGAAAAUAGAUCUUUGACUUGCCAGGAUGAAGUUUAUGAAACUUGGAUCCAAGCCGGAUUCCUUACAGACUGAUGGGAAAAUCAGAUAUGUGGCUACAGAGUUGGCAACGGAUUUUAUUGUUAAUGUUGGGGAUGUGAAAUUUUAUCUCCACAAGUUUCCUCUUUUGUCUAAAAGUGCACACUUACAGAAGUUGGUUUCGUAUUCUAAUGAAGGAAGUGGUGACGAGGUCAAAAUUCAUGACAUUCCUGGCGGUUCCAACGCCUUUGAAAUAUGUGCAAAGUUUUGUUAUGGAAUGACCGUCACUCUCAAUGCUCAUAAUGUUGUUGCUGCACGUUGUGCAGCAGAAUAUCUCGAAAUGCAUGAGACAAUAGAUAAAGGGAACCUUAUCUACAAAGUUGAUGUUUUCUUGAACUCUAGCAUUUUUCGAAGCUGGAAGGAUUCGAUUAUGGCUCUUCAGACAACUAAGUUUCUGCUACCUUUGUCCGAGGAACUGAAGUUAAUCAGUCACUGCAUUGAUGCUAUUGCUUCCAAGGCCUCGACCGAUGUUUCCAAGGUAGACUGGUCCUAUACCUAUAACCGGAAAAAAAUCAGGGAGGAAAAUGGAGAUAAUCCCCCAUGGAAUGGCGUAACAAGCCGAAUGGUGCCGAACGACUGGUGGGUUGAGGACUUGUGCGAGCUCGAAAUAGAUUUGUAUGAGAGAGUUAUCGGUAACAUUAAACGCAAGGGGACAAUAUCGAAUGAGGUGAUUGGAGAAUCUUUGAAAGCUUAUGCUUAUAGAAGGUUCCCAGGCUCUACAAAGGGCGUUGUACAGGUCGAAGAUGUUUCAAAGUUCCGUUCAGUAUUGGAUACAAUUGUUUGUCUUUUACCUACUGAAAAAGGCAGUGUUUCGUGUAGUUUCUUGCUGAAGUUGUUGAAAGCGGCUGUUUCAGUUGACUCAGGAGAGAUGGUGAAGGGAGAACUUGUAAAAAGAAUAGGGCAGCAGCUGGAGGCCGCGUCCGUGAAUGAUCUGUUAAUACUAGCUCGUGAUGGAGAAGCAACCAUGUAUGAUGUCAAUAUAGUUCAGAAAAUAGUCGAAGAAUUCAUGAUACAAGACCGAGUUGCUGAAACUGAAAUGGAAAAUGACAAUGAAAGUCAGGAGUUUAGAAAGCCAGGGAUUUUGUCAGAAGCCUCAAAGCUAAUGGUGGUAAAGGUAGUUGAUGGUUACCUUGCCGAGGUUGCUAAGGAUCCUAAUCUUCCUUUGUCGAGUUUCAUUGAUCUCGCAGAAUUGGUUUCGAGCUUUUCUCGACCUGCACAUGAUGGGCUGUAUCGAGCAAUUGAUACAUAUCUUAAGGAGCACCCUGGGAUCAACAAGAACGAAAGGAAGAGAAUAUGCAAGCUGAUGGACUGCAAGAAGCUCUCGGCAGAUGCAUGCAUGCAUGCUGUCCAAAAUGAGAGACUUCCUAUGCGUGUAGUUGUACAGGUACUCUAUUUCGAGCAAGUCCGUGCUGCUGCUUCGUCUGGCAGCAACACUCCUGAUCUCCCUAAAGCUAUUAAAGACCUUAACUGUGGCUCAAAUGGAAGCUCGAGAUCGACAACUGCAAAUACAGAUGAAGAUUGGGACGCCGUAGCAUCAGCUGAAGAACUUCGUGCAUUGAGAGGCGAGCUGGCAGCUUUAAGAUUAGGGAAUGGAGUAGUGCAUGAGAGAAAUGGUGACAAGGCUUCCAUGAGUAAAAUGAAAGGGUUGAUAAUGUCGAAGAAAAUCUUUUCGAAAAUCUGGUCAAGAAAAGCUGGCCAGGGUGAAAACAGUGGCUCGGAUUCGACGGAGAGCCCUGGUUCGUCGAACAAUCUUGAAGAAACAAAGUAUACACCCUCGAGAAGUGGGAGACAUUCUGUUUCUUAGUUUGAAGAAUCUAGAGGAUGUAAUUUAAAAUAGCAUUAAUUUGAGCAAAAAUAUAUUGUCUAGAAGAGUUUUCUUGUCUUAGUACCUUUUAUGCAGUAAAGGGGGAAAAUGGAAAAGUCUCUUUCAGAGCUUUGUAUUUGGGCAGUUAUUAUCAGGUAGCAGCCAGCAGGAAUUGAUGUAAAAUUCACUUCAUUCCAGUGUUUCACUGUCCAUUGGAAUAGUUUGAUGAUAAUUUGGUUGAUCUAACAAGUAGCUCCUGAUGAAUGGGGAGUGAUUGAUUUGAA